AUGGAUGAUUGUGAGCUGGAUUUGUUACUAAAAGAGCUCGAAGCCGAUCACAGUGAUGCUUUGAAAUACAUCGAUCGUGAGCUAGAGAAGAAGGCGACCACUUUAGUUGUGGACGAUUAUGAUAUUCUUCAGAAGAUCGGACAAGGGACGUUCGGUGAAGUUUUCAAAGCCAGACAUAAACGAUCGAAAGAGCAGUUUGCAUUAAAACGUCUUAAAACAGAACAAGAAUCAGAGGGUGUAUGUUGUGAGCUUUUCUUUGUAUUUUCUAGUUUCCUGUUACCGCACUCAGGGAAAUACGAAUUCUAA